GGUGAGACGAUGUCUCAAUUCAUUUAGAUAUCCUUCAUCCUGAACUAAAGUAAAAGAACCGGGGCGGUGGACAACCCCAACCAGCGCCGCCCAGGCAAGGUUCAACCAGACCAGACCGCCCGACUGCCUGACUACUUCAUUCGUAAAUGACUCCCACCUCCUCACCCCCACGUAACCUCGUUCUUUCUUCCUCUUCCUCCUAUUUGGCGACCGAUAACCAAGCUGUUUGCUAUGAGUUCCGACGAUGAUUUCGAGAUCGAAGUUUCCGAACUGGCAGCAGACGAUCCUAUGAGAGCUUUCUUGCCCACAUCGUUUGGGAAGAAAUCGAAAGAAGCCGAUGUCGCAGCCCAAAUCGAAAGAAGUCGCAGAAAAGUCGCAGAAGUCAGUGGUGGAAAGAAGAAGCAAGAUUCUAGUGAUGACUCCGACAGCGACAACAGCGACGAUUCCGACCAGGAUGAAUUCCCUGUAUCACACGAGCUUGUUCUUAAAACUCAUGAUCGCGCUGUCACCACAGUCUCGCUAGAUCCAGCAGGAGGACGCUUAGCAACUGCUUCCACAGACUGUACUGUCAAGUUGCAUGAUUUUGCUUCCAUGACUCCCAGCACGCUGAGAUCUUUCCGCUCCGUCGACCCCUACGAAACGAAGGCAUCCGACGUUAACUCUCAAUCGCACCCUAUCCACCGUAUAGAAUUCAGCCCUCUCGCAGGAGGUGUCUUUCUUUGUGUGUCAGCGCAUCCCCAAGCGAAGAUACUGUCCCGGGACGGCGAUAUUAUUACAGAAUUUGUCAAGGGAGACAUGUACCUUCGUGACAUGCACAACACCAAGGGCCACAUAUCCGAAAUCACGACUGGAACCUGGCACCCCACUGAUAAGAACUUGUGCAUAACUGCGGGUACAGAUAGCACAUUGAGAAUUUGGGAUAUCAACAACAAACGGACGCAGAGAGAUGUCGUUGUGUUCAAGUCCAAAGCCGCUGGCUCUGCUGGUCGAACCAAGAUGACAGCUGUUGCAUGGGGAUCUUCACCCCAAGGAAGCAGCAACGUCCUUGUCGCAGCAGCUUUGGAUGGCUCGCUGGUCAUGUACAGUGGCAAUAGUCCUUUCUCACGACCUGCAGGAGAAAUACGCGACGCACAUAAACCGCAAACGUGGACCAGUGGCAUUGAUAUAUCGUCCGACGGUCGCAUGGUAGUCACAAGAGGAGGCGAUGAUCUGAUAAAACUCUGGGACACCCGCAAAUUCACGAAGCCUCUCGUCACAGCCGCACACACCUCAACCUCAGACCAUUUCCCUACGAGCAACAUCAAGUAUGCGCCAAACUCGACAAGCAUCAUCACGGGCUCCGUGACCGGCCAUCUCCACAUUCUGAAUCCUGGCAAUCUGCGCGCAGAACAUGUCACUGAAAUAACACCUGGGUCACCACUCAUCACAGUGGAUUGGCAUCCGAAGAUUAAUCAGAUCGUUACAGGUUCAGCUAAUGCCGAGACUCAUGUCUUGUACAACCCGCAGAUGUCGAGUAGAGGCGCUGUAGACGUCAUGUCACGAGCACCGAAGAAGCGACAUAUUGACGACAAUCCUGAAUUAACAAUGGACCAGUCUGUGGGCGUAUCUGGUGAUGCGAUUGUAGUGCCAGGUGCGACAAGAAGCUCAAAGCCAUCUGGAGUUACAGUAUCAGGCCGCUCUAAAGAUCCUCGACGCCCGCACAUUCCCCAACAGACACCAUUCCAGAAGAACCAGCCGGACGAGAAGCUCAUCGCAGAGAAUAUUCCUCUUGCGCGCAUGCUGCACGAAGAUCCGCGAGAAGCUCUACUGAAAUACGCAGACAAGGCCCAGAGUGACCCUAUGUUUACCAAAGCCUGGAGUAAGACGCAACCACAAACCCAAUACGCGGAGCUGAGCGACGAGGAAGAUGGUCCCGACAAGAAAAGGCUCAAGAGGUGAGACCACUAACACAUGCUGGAGGUUGUAGGGGGCUUAGGAUUGUGUCUGGAACAUGCAAGAGUCCAGUAAGAGCCUACGACGUCUUUAGGCCUCCCUAGCUCGUGUUACAUUACCAUCUCUAUCAUUCCGUAACAGCAUAACCACUCAGGUAAUUGCAACCUUGGAAUUUGGCGCUUUUAACGCCUUUUUACUGAGCCGAGAAUUACUGUCUAAGGCUCUGCUGGUUAUUUCUUUUCACUGAAGAUGUGUCUUUCCUUCUCCGGCCUCAGGUUUCGGAAGGACUAGAGCAACCCAUAGGUAUGGUCUCGGGUAUCACGUGCAUGUAAUCUUAAGCCAGCCAAUCCAGAAUAGAUUUUCAAUUACCUAAUACAUUUUCUUGGCUGCCUCAGGCGCAUUUGCAAACUGCC